UAUCGAUAACUAAAAAUCAACUGUUACUGCAUGCUCUUUAUUUAUAAACAAUAUUGUUUUAAACUUGUUGCUGAAUAUGCCAAUUGAUUGUAAAGCAAAAUGUGGCAACAGGGCCACCUUGAAGCGUCCGAAAACUGGUGACGCACUGUGCAAGGAAUGCUUUUUUGCUGCCUUCGAAGCUGAAAUCCAUCACACGAUUACUUCGAGUAAUCUCUUUCGACGUGGCGAGAAGGUUGCUGUGGCUGCCAGCGGUGGCAAGGACUCCACUGUGCUGGCGCAUGUGUUAAAGCUGCUCAAUGAACGCCACGAUUAUGGUUUAGAUUUGGUGCUACUCUCCAUUGAUGAAGGCAUCACGGGCUAUCGGGACGACAGUCUGGAGACGGUUAAGCAGAAUCGGGAUGACUAUCAAAUACCAUUGAAAAUUCUAUCCUACGAGGAAUUGUACGGCUGGACAAUGGAUCGAAUUGUAGCCCAAAUAGGCAGAUCCAACAAUUGUACAUUUUGUGGCGUAUUUCGGCGUCAGGCCUUGGAUCGUGGCGCCAAACUGUUGGAGGUUGACAGCAUUGCCACUGGUCACAAUGCUGAUGACAUUGCGGAAACGGUGCUGAUGAAUAUUCUACGCGGAGACACGGCGCGACUGCGUCGCUGCACAGACAUCCGGACAGGCGGCGGCGAGGACUCCAUACCGCGUGUAAAGCCGCUUAAAUACAGCUACGAGAAGGAGAUCGUCAUGUAUGCGCACUACAAGAAACUCGUCUACUUCUCCACGGAAUGCGUGUUCGCCCCCAACGCUUAUCGCGGUCAUGCACGCGCCUUUCUCAAAGAUCUGGAGAAAGUGCGUCCCUCUGUUAUCAUGGACAUCAUUUACUCGGGCGAGCAGCUCCGCUUUAAAGACACUGUCAAGAAACCCGUGCGUGGUAUUUGUGAACGCUGCGGCUUCGUUUCCUCCCAGCAGCCGUGCAAGGCGUGUGUGCUGCUUGAGGGACUCAACCGGGGAUUACCUAAACUCGGCAUAGGCAAAAAGUCAAAGGGCGAUCGCAUGAUUGCCCAACAAGAUAAAGAACUUGCGCUUAGGGAGCGCGCCAAUUUAGUAAAAAACGAUUUUUGAA